UCGAUUCCUGCAUGAUGUUGGCCCCCAAAACUAGCGACGAAGAAAAACAAAAGAGAACCAAGUAACAAGAACGUGUCUUAUCUAGAGAGAGAGAGAGAGAGAGAGAGAGAGAGCCAAAAUCGAAAGCGAAAGCAAAAGCAAAAAGCUAAAACACCGUCGUAAAAUUUUGGGAUCCACCAUUGAUCUCGUCUCGUCAUCAACCGUGCGCUCCAAGCUUCGUCGCCGCCAGUUGAUGUUGUUGAGGUUGAGCUGCCGCUUUCGCUUGGGAUCGACGCUGAGAUUCAGGGAGAGGCGAUCGGUUGAUCUCCUCGAAUCCAUCUCGAUAGCGGGUUUUGUACCAUGAGCGGAUGCCCUAGGGCUCUAUUGGAUCUCGAUUGCAGAUCCGCUGAACGCUCUAAUGGACGCCACUUCUCGCCCUGCCGUCGUCAUCGACAACGGAACCGGGUAUAGCAAAAUGGGAUUUGCUGGUAAUGUCGAGCCUUGCUUUAUCACCCCCACUGUAGUUGCCGUCAAUGACUCUUUUUUGAAUCAGUCGAGGAGUUCUAGCAAGGGAAAUUGGUCAGCACAAUACAGUGCAGGUGUAAUGGCUGAUCUAGAUUUCUUCAUUGGUGAUGAGGCUAUAUCACGGUCUCGUUCAAGCAGCACAUACAAUCUUAGUUACCCUAUUCAAAAUGGCCAGGUGGAGAAUUGGGAUACGAUGGAAAGAUUCUGGCAGCAGUGUAUAUACAAUUACCUUCGUUGUGACCCUGAAGACCAUUAUUUUCUUCUAACGGAGAGUCCACUUACUGCUCCUGAAAAUCGUGAAUACACUGGAGAGAUCAUGUUUGAGACAUUUAAUGUCCCUGGACUGUACAUAGCAGUCCAGCCUGUACUUGCACUUGCUGCUGGAUACACCACUUCUAAGUGUGAAAUGACAGGGGUUGUAGUUGAUGUUGGUGAGGGGGCUACGCAUAUUGUUCCAGUUGCAGAAGGUUAUGUGAUAGGGAGUAGUAUCAAGUCUAUUCCCAUUUCAGGCAAGGAUGUUACUCAAUUUGUUCAGCAGCUUUUGAAGGAAAGAGGAGAGCAUAUACCUCCAGAAGACUCUUUUGAAGUGGCUCGAAAGGUGAAGGAAAUGUAUUGCUACACCUGUUCAGACAUUGUUAAGGAGUACAAUAAGCAUGACAAAGAACCAUCCAAGUACAUCAAGCAAUUCAGUGGGACUAAACCAAAAACAGGAGCACCAUACUCUUGUGAUAUUGGAUAUGAGCGUUUCCUCGGCCCCGAGAUUUUCUUCCAUCCUGAAAUUUACAGUAGCGAUUUUACCACUCCUUUGCCUACUGUUAUUGACAAGUGCAUUCAGUCAGCGCCUAUCGACACAAGGAGAGCCCUGUACAAGAAUGUAGUGCUAUCUGGAGGUUCAACCAUGUUCAAGGACUUCCACAGAAGAUUACAAAGGGAUCUAAAGAAGAUAGUGGAUACUAGAAUAGUUGCAGCGGAAGCCUGGCAUGGAGGAGAAGUAAAAUCUCAACCCAUUGAAGUCAAUGUAGUAAGCCAUCCUAUCCAGAGAUUUGCUGUAUGGUUUGGAGGCUCUGUACUUGCAUCCACACCAGAAUUCUAUGGGGCAUGUCACACAAAAGCAGAAUAUGAAGAAUAUGGAGCAAGCAUAUGCAGAACAAACCCCAUCUUCAAAGGGAUGUUCUAAAGGGAGAAAAAUCACCUAGUUUUCUUUCUCGGUUCAUCUGACGUGCUAUGGCUACAGAUAGAAACCAAGAUCCCCCGGUUCACCCUGGGACUUGAUGGGUGUUUUUUAGGUGGAUGAUCAGCAUUCCAUUGAUUUGUAUAAUACAUGUAUCAAUUUGUAAGCAUUGGACACGUAGUGCAGUCUGUUUAUUCUUAUAUUCUUUACUGUGAGGUUCUUUUAGGAUGCUACACGAGAAGCUUACUAAUACAACCAGGCAGCUACCUGCCUUGAGGUAUAUUCAGUUUAGCUCAGAGAUAUUUGUUCAGCUCGGAUAUUUCGAUAGACAUAAACUUUCUUUUCAAUGAUUUGACUAAAUUUUUGGAUCCAA